GAAACCACAAGCGUCAUUUACACGCGCGACUUGUUCCGAUACGGUCGCGAUUAAUUUCUGCGCUUGAAAACUGAUCGUGAGGCUGGGCUAAUGCGCCACGGAGUUGUAAAGUUACCUGUUUCUUCAUUUCGCUUACAAUUUAUUCCGAUCAUGCGACUCCUGAUUGAAAUCUGACGUUGAGCAAGCUUUUCUGAGCUCGGAUGAAUGUCUAAUUUAACGUUUGUAUCUUUCUGUACUCUGAAGAUGGCCGGCCGAAGAAAUUUUCACCAGGGUUGGGACGGAAGUUUGAUACUCGGCGCAUGUCAAGGCCGGUGACUGAAGAUUAAUAAAAAUUGCUAGGCUCAUGGACUUUAGCGUAUGAAUAAGGUCGCGGGAAGAAAUUGCAGCUUCUAAAAUUUGUCCAGACCCAGCAAACCAUGACGAAAAAUAAUUCAGGAUCAUGGACCACAGUUUUGCCCGAGGUUAAAAAUGGAGGAAAAUCCACGGACGUAUCGUUUUUCAUCUCUUUUCACCUUAUCUCUCGACUUCGACGAACGAAUAGAUUGCAGAACGACGCUGAUAUAUGGAUGGCGAGAUUUUAUCCCCGUAUGCCGUUGGCCGCAUCAGUUGACGAUGAGCCGGGGGAUGAAAACUGGGAAAGAAUAUUAUGUGGAAACGAGAAUUAUGCAGACGGUGAAUCAGCCGCGGUUGAAAAGUCGAUUCCCAGUAAAGGAAAAAGAAGAAGAACAAAAAGAAGAAGAUUACGAAGCGUCAAAGGCGAGAUUUGGUCCAUCGUCCACCUCGGGAUAAGCCUUUCUGAGCCUUUGAGCCUCGCCGAGAUUUGUGCAUCCGCCCGUAUUACCUACGUACACCUACCGCCGUUCAAGAUCAUUCUCGGGACACGUCGAAGUAGCGGACAAGAGGCUUGACUUCUGAUACUAAGUCCGAGAACUUUGAAGAGAAACUUCAAGGAGCCACAUAACUUGACCUCAUCCGAGGUGAUACACGGAUAGUCUGGGAAUUGUAAAAGAUUCAAGGAAUGCGUUGGUACCCAAUUACACAGAGACAGACUGCGUACGUCAGCAUGAGCGAGGAUACAUCGUGUAAUAUACCAAAAUUUCUGAAACGACCCACACACUUGGAUGAAUUUUUCCAACAAAAAUGAAUCUGCCUUGUCCAAAUAUGACUUGCAUGAAACUGGAGUGAAAAAUGUACACCAUCAGUGAUGUCUCGUGUGCAGAAGUUCUCGAUACUGAGGCUUCAGAAUUUGGGUGGAAUUUCAGAACUGCUGAAAGGAUUGCACGGGUUAAUUUCAUUUUUGGCAAAUUUUGAUGAAUGCUGAGUUUGAUUCAUUCGAACACAAAGUCGACAUCAUUUCGCCACAGGAAUCCGUGGCGCAUGGUCUUGAUAUGCUGCAAACAACGAAACGAAAACUAUCGCCGGAAGACGAGAAAUUUGAACCAGGUUUUAAGAGAGAUGGAAAAAGAAAAUCACUGCUCCAUAGCAACAACGUUCCAGUUUGGGUUCAUUAUCAUUUUAUUUAAUAUGCUAUAAUUCUAAGACAAGUGUUCAAGUAUCAGUGUAUAGUACUCUGACAGGGGCUUAUUAGACUGUUGAAUAAGAAUAGAUGUGAAAAGAUAAUGAAGAAUCACGUAAACAAUCUGACAACUGUGAAUAGAAAAAAAAUAUAAUUUACAUUAUACUGUGGACAAUGAAUGAAUGUUGAAUAUAAUGGUUAUUGCUAAUGUUUGUAAGCACAAUUUGACUUGCGGUCAGCAAUCAGGUGCAAUACACCUCUGCAGAUUACAAUGUAUGUGUAUGGUAUUGUAUCAUAAGUAAUUAAUGUACCUGGUAUUGAACAAUAAAAUAAAUUAAUUUUCACGUA